AUGCCUGUAGCACAGUAUCAGUAUCUUCGUGCGAUAAGCAGUGAACAGAAGAGAUAUGACGAGGCUGCAUAAAUACGGUGCCUGGGUUGGUGGUCGAGGCGCAGCUACUUCCACUUCCUUCUCCACAACUCACUCCACCUGCGGUCCCUGAAUCCUCGAUUCCUUCCAGCAUGUGUUCCGUGCGGUGAACUUUCAGGCAUCUCCUUUUCAUUCUGCUGUAGCCUUCUCUUAGCCUUCCUACAUGCUUCGAUAAACCAUUUGGAAGCUGCAACGCACAUGAACAGCACGCUAUCCCCAAAAGACCGCGUAUGGUCUCGGAGAGAGAUUGAGGGGUUAAUCGCGGAGGGGAGAAAGAUAUUUAUACUUGAUGGACAAGUGAUCAAGGCCGAUGCAUGGCUCCCAUACCACCCUGGAGGCAACCAUGCCAUAUUGCACAUGGUUGGAAGAGAUGGCACAGAUGAGAUACGAGCAUUGCACUCGAUCGAGACUCAAGCAUACAUGCGAAAGUUUGUCAUAGGGAAAAUCCAAGGUCGUUGGAACAACUUCCUGCCUCCCAUACAGGGCGGCACGUUCAGGCCGCUCACCCAUGACAAUCAUCAGGAGGAAGAAGACUUCGAGUGCCCACUGGACGGCACCUCCAGUUCCGCCAGCAGCAGCAUACCGCCAUCGCCUAUCUUUGAAGCCGUCGAUGCAGAAGUAAGCAAGUCAGCCACGUCCGUAUCGUCCGCCUCUUCUAUCUCCGAACACGAAAUACCUCCUAUCAGCACAAAUCCGAUUGAAACAAAGCUUUCGGCAGAAAGAACGUCCGAUCUUCUGAAGUAUCCGUCGCUCGACUAUGCUUCCCAGGAUCAGAUUGUCAGCAAAUACAGAGAGUUGAAUGUCCGCAUUCGCGCCGCGGGUCUUUACGAUUGUCCCUACUGGGCUUAUGGAAUCGAGCUCUGUCGUUACAUCCUCCUCUUCGCCAGCUCCCUCAUCGCUCUACGCUAUGGCUACUACGCACUCUCCGGCGCUUUUCUGGGGAUGUUCUGGCAUCAACUUGUUUUUACCGCCCACGACUCCGGCCACAUCGGUAUAACCCACAAUUACCAUGUCGACAGCUGCAUUGGAAUCUUCAUCGCUGAUUACCUCGGCGGUCUGUCAAUCGGAUGGUGGAAGCGAAAUCACAAUGUUCACCACAUCGUCACAAACUCCCCCGAGCACGAUCCCGACAUCGAACAUAUGCCCUUCUUCGCCAUUUCUCCCAAGUUUUUCAGCAGCCUUCGCUCGACCUACUACAACCGUAUCAUGGAUUUCGAUAUCGUCGCGAGAUGGGCGAUCUCCGUGCAGCACUGGUCAUACUACCCGAUUUUGUUGCUGGGGCGCUUCAAUCUCUACCGUUUGUCCUGGGAAUACCUCUUUACAGGUCAAGCACCAAGGAAAGGGCCAGCUUGGUGGCACCUCUACCUCGAAAUCGCAGGCCAAUUCGUCUUCUGGGCCUGGUACGGCUAUGGGAUUGUGUACUGUUCCAUCCCCACGGCCUGGGACCGUUUUGUCUUCGUCAUGAUCUCUCAUAUGGUCACCAUGCCAUUGCACGUCCAGAUUACUUUGUCACAUUUCGCCAUGUCGACCACGGAUAUGGGCGUACACGAAUCCUUCGCACAGAAGAUGCUCAGGACUACCAUGGAUGUCGAUUGCCCAACGUGGCUCGACUUUUUCCAUGGCGGUUUGCAAUUUCAAGCUGUGCACCACUUAUUCCCACGGAUUCCAAGACAUAACCUGCGCAAGGCACAGAAGUAUGUCAAGGAGUUCUGCGAGGACACUGGCAUUCCGUAUGUGAUUUAUGGCUUCACCGAAGGUAACCAGAAAGUUAUCAGCAGGCUAGGAGACGUUGCGAAGCAGGUCAAAGUCUUUGAGGAGUGUCGUAAAGCCUGUGCCCGAGAAGUUGUCGAGGGCCAUGGGCUCGCGCAUUGAUACGUACAGAAAAGCAGGAUAGAAAAAUGACUCAAAACGAGUACGGAAGUGUGGCGUCUGUGAUUUCUGCGAAGACUUGGUCAUAGGUAUAAUGAAGAGAUGAGAAAUGUAUAAAGAAUGAAGAG